GAUACAUUUGCCGGGUUGACCUCCCCGCCCAUAUGUUACUACUGUACAAUAUGUACGGGGUCCCCUUUGAUGCGGCGACAAAUAAACGAAUACUGGGUCCUUCGUACUCGUUCGUACACAAUAUCAAUGGAUGCUCCAUACCUAAGUACAUACUCCACGCCCAAUCUUUCCACGGGGCCUUUUGAAGAGAAGCGAACAAACGUCCACGCAUUCCUUUUUCUUUAUUGUUACAAAUCUCUGCCUUGUGCCUUUUUGUUCACUUUAGCUUCUCACUAUUGCUGUGCCAUGCCAGCUAGAUCAGACCUCAGAAAAACAUCCAUCUCGGGGCGAACCGUGCUAGGCGAUUUGAAUCUGUCGAUGAUUUAAACGUAUACCUACCUGAGACACGGUGUGAACAUUGACUCAUUUUACACAAACACACACACACACACACAUACCUCGGCUCAAUUUACCAACCAGGGCAAACAAGGGAGAGAGGAGGGACAGCGUGAGGAAGAGCCAUGAGCUCUACGACUGGCGACUAUGAAGUCGAAAAGGAUCUUCAACUCGACAAAAAUCUGCAUUCCUCCAAAAUUCGUCCAAACAAUGCUCUAGACAGGACGGAAUCCAAUAUAAGUCGAGCGCUCGACGCCGAAGCCAACAUCGACACAUUACCACCCGAAGAAAGUGCCGUCGCCAUAACGAACGAAAGAAAGGAUGAGCCUGGCCCUCCACCCAACGGCGGCUUUCACGCAUGGCUUCAAGUCGUAGGAUCUUUCUUUUUGUUUUUCAAUUGCUGGGGGACGGUCAACACAUUUGGCGUUUUCCAAACGUACUACGAAAAUAAUCCGCUCUGGCACGAAUCACCCAGCAACAUCUCAUGGAUCGGCUCGAUCCAAGCGUUUCUCCUCCUGCUCGUCGGCGUCAUCACCGGCCCUGCGUAUGACGCGGGCUACUUUCGCGCCCUCAUCACCACGGGUGCGGUCCUCAUCCCUUUUGGCUUUAUGAUGACCUCCCUGUGUAAGGAGUACUGGCAGACCAUGCUCGCCCAGGCCUUUUGCAUCGGCAUCGGCAACGGCUGCCUCUUCAUCCCCUCUGUCGCCAUUCUGCCGCAGUACUUUUCGACCAAGAAAGCCCUGGCCAACGGCCUGGCCGCGUCGGGUUCGAGCUUCGGCGGUGUCAUCUACCCCAUCGUGUUUCGCCGGCUGGAACAGCAGAUUGGGUUCGGCUGGGCCACGCGCGUCCUGGGGUUCAUCUCGUUUGUGACCGUCUGGUUCUCGGUCUUGGUCAUGAGGCCUCGAAUGAUGCCCAAGCAGAAACGUCACCUGGUCGACCUGACCGCCUUCACCGAACUCCCAUACGUGUUGUUCUGCGCCGCCAUGUUUUUCGGGUUCUUGGGAUUCUAUGGUCCCGUCUACUACGUCCAAAACUACGCCAUCCAAAACCGCAUCGUCGACGAAAACCUGGGCUUUUAUCUUCUUCCCAUGCUCAACGCCGCCAGCAUCCCGGGUCGAAUCGUACCCAACUUCCUCGCCGACCACGUGGGACCCCUCAACGUGCUGAUCCCUUGCUCGAUGAUGACGGGCAUACUGGCCCUGAUCUGGAUCGGCAUCAGCAACCUCGGUGGCAUCAUCGUCUUCGUCUUGUUCUACGGCUUCUUCUCUGGGGGGUUUGUGUCCAUGCCCCCGGUCGCCAUCGUCACUCUGACGGCCGACAUGCGCAAGAUCGGUACGAGGAUGGGUCAGUGUUUCUUCAUCAGCGCCUUUGGCUUGCUCGUGGGCACCCCCGUGUCCGGAGCCAUCUUGGGCGGUGGGGACGAUUGGCUGGGCGUCCAACUGUUCAGCGGUGCCGGGAUCGUCGUGACGGCCCUGUUGCUGCUGUGGGCUCGGGUUUCUGCCGUGGGUUGGAGCUUGAUGAGGAGGGCCUGAAAAAAAAAACAAAGGAAAAGGAACACUUCACACCUGGAAAAAAGGGUUCCUUGAUACCCGUGUUUGUAACAAUAUUGGAAGGUUGUCAAAAGUGAAAUCACAUACACGCGCGCAGAAUCAUCCCGGUGACAUUUCACUGGAGCGCUGGAAUAUGGCACCACCCAAUCUAUACACGCCAACAAGAGAUAAAUCAGCCUGGACUUGUCUCCGAGCCAUGUAUGUCUUGGCGAUGAAGUACACAUGUGCAGUGUCAUGAAGAGGUGGUUUGUAAAUGGACAUGUUUCAUAAGGUGGAUGAUCUCUUGGAUGGGACGAGUGACUACCUACGUAUGUCUACAGCACGUAGCAGCUUACCACAUCCAUCCGUACACACUGUCUUCAUCAUUGCUAUCUUAUGUGCCUUUUUUUUUUCUCACCAAGUGUCAACAUCUUGCAUGGCCAACCAGUUCAAGACACCCAUGGCCUUGAUCAGAUUCCCUUUCAGGUCGAGAUGUACCCCAUCGUAUUUCGACGCUUGAAUACUCAUGUUCCACGUCCCCAUGGUCUCGACGCCUCGUUUGCCAGCUUCGACACGGACACUCUCUUCAAACACCAUCAGGGCUUUAUUUCCCUGACUCACGAGCCACUGGUCGGGUUUCUGUAUGCCGGCGGCGUUGGGCGUGACGAACAGUCUUGGCCAGAAUGGUGCACCACGCGAUCCUUUCUUGUUGGUUCCGCCCACAUAAUAAGGGGCUUGCUUGACGGUUUCUCCUAGAAUGCCGUCCAGCCAUUGCAUACUCGCCUGGAGG